AUGGCUAAUUAUUCGGAUCUAAGUGUUGUGGAUAAGAAGCUAUUUGAGGGUAAAGUGCUGAGUGGAGCUGCGAAGCUAUCAGAUUUAGAUAAGAUGCAACAAGACAUAAUUAUGUUAGAGGAGGGGUUAAAUAGGAAUCUCAGAAUUCUCAACAGAGAUUUAAAUAAAAUGAAUGAAGGUUUGGAUGAAAUAGAAAAAGGUACUAAUGAGGGCUUUAAGGCCGUAGCGGAAAGAGUUGAUGUCCUCGGACAAGAAAUGGUUAAAAUUAAGGAAAGUGUUGAAAGUCUUAAAAGUGAAUUAGAAGCUAGGGAUAAUCUUGAAUAUGAUGAGUUAAGGAAUAGUGAUGCAAAUAGGAUUGUAAAUAACAGCAAACGUCCAGAGCAAAUACCACCGCUGCCGCCAAAACACAAUCAAGUAUCUGGUUCUCUGAACCGAAUAGACUUAGCAACAAACUCCUUCGGGAAUAAAAAGGAUCAAACAAAGAACACUAGUAACAAUGGGAUAGGAACACAACGCACAAGCUCUAAUUCUGAAUUAAAUGUAUUAGGUGAAGGUACUUCCUCGGGAUCCCAUUUAGAAAUAUUUAGUGGAGAAACUGCAUCCUCCUUUGAUAAUUGGACUAUUCGGUACGCAAGCCCGCCACAUUUUUGA